GAAUAUGUACUCAAUUAUAUGUCUUCUUCCCUCUUCCACUUCCAUCAGGGAAGCUGUGUGGAAAAUCCGAACCAUUUGGAAGAUGGCAACCAAGCGGACAGAACCAGUUACCAUCAUUAGCCUUCGGAAGUUGAGCCAGGAGACUCCAGAACCACAGCCAAAAGAGCCAAAGACGUUCACUGUGGAAGAUGCCGUGGAGACCAUUGGCUUCGGACGUUUCCACAUCGCCCUGUUUCUGAUCAUGGGUAGCACUGGGAUUGCCGAGGCCAUGGAGAUCAUGUUAAUAGCAGUUGUUUCUCCUGUCAUCCGCUGUGAAUGGCAGCUGGAGAACUGGCAGGUGGCAUUAGUGACCACGAUGGUGUUUUUCGGCUACAUGAUAUGCAGCAUCCUCUUUGGCCUCCUGGCUGACCGAUAUGGCCGCUGGAAGGUUUUGUUCCUGUCGUUCCUGUGGGGAGCCUACUUCUCCUUGCUGACCUCGUUCUCUCCCUCGUACAUCUGGUUUGUCUUCCUGCGGAUGAUGGUUGGCUGUGGCGUGUCUGGCCAUGCACAAGGGCUAAUCAUAAAGACUGAAUUUUUGCCUACAAAAUAUCGAGGCUACAUGCUCCCCUUGUCUCAGGUGUUCUGGCUGGCGGGCUCCCUGCUCAUCAUCGGCCUGGCCUCCGUGGUGAUCCCCACCGUUGGGUGGCGCUGGCUUAUCCGCAUCGCCUCCAUUCCUGGCAUCGUCCUCAUCUUGGCCUUCAAGUUUAUUCCUGAAUCUGCUCGGUUCAAUGUCUCCACCGGGAACACGCAGGCUGCCCUGGCCACGCUGGAGCGUAUUGCCAAGAUGAACCGCUCCGUCAUGCCGGAGGGGAGGCUGGUGGAGCCCACCCUGAAAAAAAGAGGAAGAUUUGCAGAUCUGUUGGAUGCCAAAUAUUUAAGGACCACGUUACAGAUCUGGGUCAUAUGGCUGGGCAUCUCUUUCGCCUACUAUGGGGUCAUCUUGGCCAGCGCUGAGAUGCUGGAGCGGGACCUGGUCUGUGGUUCUCAGUCUGAGUCUGAAGUGGUGGUGACCGUGGGGGUCUCAGAGGAGAGCCAGAGCCCCUGUCACUGCCACAUGUUUGCGCCCUCCGACUACCAGACCAUGAUCAUCAGCACCAUUGGGGAAAUUGCUUUGAAUCCUUUAAAUAUCCUGGGCAUUAAUUUCCUGGGCAGACGGCUGAGCCUUUCCAUCACCAUGGGAUGCACGGCUGUCUUCUUCCUUCUCCUCAAUAUUUGCACUUCAAGUGCUGGCCUCAUCGGCUUCCUCUUCAUGCUGAGGGCUUUGGUGGCAGCCAAUUUCAAUACCAUCUAUAUUUACACUGCUGAGGUCUACCCUACCACGAUGCGUGCUUUGGGGUUGGGAACCAGUGGCUCCUUGUGUCGCAUUGGUGCAAUGGUGGCGCCAUUUAUAUCCCAGGUUCUUAUGAGCGCGUCACUGCUGGGAGCCCUGUGUCUCUUCUCAUCUGUCUGUGUCGUAUGUGCCAUUUCUGCAUUUACUCUCCCCAUUGAGACCAAAGGACGGGCUCUACAGCAAGUUAAAUGAAAACCUGCAAACCUAUGUCUGUCUACUGGAGAAGAAAAUGCAUUUUAUCUUCACAAGGACCUGUGGUACAUUUUUAAAAACCUGGUUUUGUUUCUGUAUGCUACUUGUUAAUUAAGAAACUGAUUAUUUUUAAAAAGUAAGGCACACAAGGAUAAGGUGGGUUAACUGCAGACUGAUCUCUUCCCUAAGAGCCAAUAUUAUAGAGGAAACUUUUAUAAAAUAUACUUUAAGAUUGGAAAUCUUACCUUAAGAAAGGUAUGUCUGUGGCAGAUGAGUAGGGGGCGGGUGGCUUUUCUUCCCUGACAUCAAGUCUGUUAAUCUUUAAAUGAAUAAAUAAUUCUCAGACAAAACACACGUAUACUUGGUAUUCUCCCAUAAGGUCUACAGCAAAAGUUAGACUGAAAUUUAUCGCUAAGGCAAGAACUUGGGGUGAUUGCAUUAAGGCUUUCAAAACAGUCAGUCAUCAAAUAUAAAUUAGCACAUUUAUUUAAGUUGUGGCCUCCACAGUUUAUUAAUGAAAAUUGCUUAUUCAUAAACCAGUAUGCUUAAGUUAGUAUGAGUCUCUAUCAAAAACAUUCAUACUAACAGAGAAUCACCAAGAAGCUGGGGAUAAACUAAUUUUUCCUAGAUAUUCUGUUUCUACUCCAAUUUCAUUAAUUUACAGGGGAAUCUUUGAUUCUCAUGGUGUGAUAAAAAUAAAUGGAGAGUGCAGCACGCUUUCCUACAUCUGCCCUUUGUUGGGCAACCGCGGCAUGCAGCUCAGGCCCGUGGCACAUCGCACUCUGCUAGGUGAGGUACGCUGUGCAAACACCUCAGGCUUUUAGAUUUUUAUUUCUGUUCAGACUUAUUGUGGAGACUUCUGAAAAUGCCGACCCCAAGGCUUGGCUCACCUACUUCUCUCGUAAUCACAAUGAUGUGUCCCUGUACUAGCAAACUAAACACUCGAGGCUUUUCAAACUACAUAUGGUCUGUCACUUUUUUCCUCCACAAGCCUUCAAAAAAGUAAAAACAAUCAACCAAGAACAAAAAAACAUUCUUAGUCAUGAGGCUGUAUGAAAGCAGGCCAGAGGUUGCACUUGGUCAACAGGGCAUAGUUUUGUUGAAAUAAAUUUCUAGGCCCAAGAUGGAGUCCCUCCUUCCUGGGGUGCCACAUCAGCACACCCAAACUUAGCUUUUGUGUCCCUGUAAAUGCUCUGCUUGACCAGAAACACAAUACAAUCAGCCAAACUCCAAGCCGACUCUGGGGUCUCUACUCACUUCCUUAUUCUUUAUCCUGUAAAUGUUUCCUGCCUUCUGCCCCCCUGUUGCAUUCUUCUGGACAUUUGGGAACACAGACUGCCCGCUUCAGUGUUUAAUUAAUCAUUUUUAACAGUUUUUGGCAACAAGGAUGGGAUCCGAAGCGGACUGCUAACGGCCUGCGGGGCGGGACGAGACACACAGGCGAGGCAUCGCCCUCUGAACCCUUUGAGUUCACUGUUCCUCUCGUCAAAACCGAGGGCCGUGGGUAAGUCACUCUCGGAUUUGAGCUCUGCUCCCUUGCAUGUAGCUCUCCAAUCCACUUUACUUAAAAAUAUACAUUGUUCCCAGAAAGGUUCCAGGACAGUUAAUUGGGAGUCUGCAACAAGUGGUAGCUGUUAGGGAACUCAUCGAGGUAAGUCCACUACAUAAACUAAAUUGCUGGGAGACUUGGGGAAAUCAACCUAGAGUUUAUAAGCUGUUGGUUAAAACAAUCUUAAGUGGGCACAGGUCAAGUACUUACAGGACGGUAAAGCGCUCACUACCUAAAUCUGAGACUUCCGUACUAGUAUAAGUCAGACUGAUACUAGGUCACCUGCCAACCUCAGGAAAAAUUCCAUGGAACAAGGUACACUGUAGAACACCACAUAACUCCCAACCCAGCAGCAUAUUCCCUUAGGUAUUUAUUUGGCUCCAAGAGAUGCAAGGCGUAGCUAAAGAAAUGGGAUCCUCAAGUUUCAAAGAACAGAGUGUUUCACUUUCUGGCAUACCUGCUUAUUUUAUGUCUCAGAACUGUGCAUCUGGGAACUGUAGAUAUCUACAAAAAUGGCAAAAUCUUACUAAAACAACCUAAAAUUAAAAUGGCCAUUAUGAGGAAUGUUCCAAUUAGACAAGAUCGUUCAUUUAAGAAGUGCACUUGAAAGUAAAGAGUCCCAAAUCAACCACCAGAAUGGAAUACCUAUUGUAACUGGUAUGCAGAAGCCCACCAAAUGCGUCAAAAUUCCAAAAUAGCUUCAUUGAAAACGCUACUGAAAAAUUAACGACACCGGGAGUACCACAAACAAGACCAUAAGACUGACGUGACUCCUGCUCCCCUCUGUCGUCCUUUACCUGCAUACUCAUAAGCCUACUAAUGCUCGAUCUGAGCUGUCUGUCCACUCUGAAGAGACCACAAGACCGUCUACAAGUCCAGGAAGUUACAGCUGUACAGCUCCAAAGCUAGAAACCGGUGUCUCAUUUGGAAUCAACUGGGACUCUGGAGAAUGUCUUGAAGGUUCUGUCACAUCCUUCCACAACAACUUCAACACCCCCUAUCUCAAAGGAGGGCCAUUUCUAGUGACGCCCUUAAACAGCCAAGGAGAAACUAAAUGGAAAACCUUGCCAAAUUCUGGUAGAAACCAGAGCUAUACCCUCUAAACUCACUCUGGAGCCUGUAGAUGGGUGCCUGGGAAAAUGAGCAGAAGCUGGUGAAGAGUGAGACUUCAUACCAAAGUCAGCUCCCCUUGAUCACUAUAGUGCCUGGUCAAGAGACGAAACAUCAUUCAAACAACUACAUAACUUUCUGUAUUUGCUUCAAAGUCACUUUGGUUAAACAGAUAUUUUGAAAAAAUUCCCCCAAAUGAUUCUAAAGUAAGUCUUUUUGACCUUGAACUAAUUUGAAGUGUUCCAGGGAUCCUCUGGACAAAUCCUAAAAUGUUAUGUUGUCUCUCCUUAUGCAGUUGACCCCUGAACAACGCAGGAGGGUUAGGGGUACCGAUACCCCC